AUGUCAGAAGAGAGGAAACGGGAGGUACCGACUCCGCUCACGGUGAAGGAUCAUGAAGAUGACAGUAAGUUCUUGAAAGUUACUCCCAAUCUAUUCACGCCAGAUAGAUUACAUUUGUUUGAUUCUCUAGAUCUUUAUGCCUCUUUGAUCAAAUGCAGUAAGAACAUCGAGCAAGGUGAGCGAUUGCACAAUAUCAGUUGGAGAAUUAUAAAUAAAGCGAUGCUUAAGGAUCGAGAUAUAAACAAAGAUAAGAAACGAGAGGGUGUUAAGAAUUUGUACUAUGUUUUAAACCCCAUGACCAAUAAGCAUCAAGUAAAUCAACAAGCACAGCAUCAAGCACAGCAGCAGGGGAAACAGCAAGGAAAACAGCAAGGAAAACAGCAACUGCAUGAACGACAGCAGAAGGCGCAUUCGCAAGAUAAUCUCGCCAGGUCUCAUGUAUCAAGAAUCGGAAGCACCGGCAGUAAUAGGCAGCAACACACACCUUUGCGGCUUCAGUCAUUGGAACCAUCUCGAAAAGAGGCCCCGAACACUUCUUUAUUCACAGCCUCAAAGCAAAACAAAUCUACGGGUGCACUCACACAUACAUUGUCCAAUCAUCACGCACACUCAACCCAUAAUAAUAUCAAUCAGAACUCUAAUCAUCAACUUAAUCACCAUCAUCAUCCUUUUCAUAGCAUCUCGAAAAAAGAAGAUCCACAAACUAUUGUCAAAGGUUUUAUUCCAAAUACACUAAUUACUGGUACCAAAGGUGCUAACUCAACAGAUGGUUCCGCUUCUCAAAAGGAGAGAUCAAAGAAUAAUGUAGAUGACUCAAAACAAAAAAAGAACACUUUUUACAUUGGAGCAAGUCCCUCACCCGAGCCAGGAGCUACAAACACUUCGACUUCACAAAAAACGUUGAUUUCAAGACAAGAAUCGCUAUUUGGUAAACAACCAACCACUGAGGUUAACAAUGGAACAUCUGCAAGUAAUAGAAGUACCUUGUUCUUCAGUAGCGAAGAUGAGGAUGAGGAUGAUACGGAUUGGGAUGACGAUUCACUUUUGUAUGAUGAAGAAGAAGACGAUCAUUUCGAUGAUGAAGAAGAGGACCAAUAUUAUAGAAGACAAUGGGAUAAACUCUUGUUCACAAAGAAUCAAGGUCAUCAUUCUUCUAGUGCUGUUUCCUCGGGUAAUGUUACGCCGACAUCUACAUCUUCUCAUGAUCCAAUAAAAAGAAGUUUGCUCAGUGGAUUGUUUUUAAGUGAACAUGUCAAUCACCACAACAACGGUAGCAGAAGUCAAAAUAACUCUAAUGAGAAAUUAGAUAAUGAGAAAGAUCCUUCUUCCACUCUACAAAGGACGAAAACAUCACAAAGCUUAAUGUCUACUAGUGUACCUCACACAGGUGCAAAAGAAAUAUAUAGUCAAAGAGCUACUCUAGAGACAAGCAACGUUACAGCUGUUGGAUCGGUUACUCCUCCGCAAAGGGUGGCAUCUACGAACGGCGGAUUACCGGCAGCACUUUAUAGGUCAACAAAGUCUGCUCGUGGUAGUUUCAGUAGCAUAAUUUCCGACUCAACAAGGCAAUGCUAUACAGGUGAAUCGAAUGCUCCUCCAGCGGCCCAAACUAUCCUUCCAACCGCUCUCACAACCCAUAUGUUUCUGCCAAAUAAUAUUCAUCAGCAACGUAUGGCGGCGAGUGCCGCAUCAGAAAACUUGGGGAGGAAAAUUGGCAGAAAUGAGGCGCAUUCCUUUAUAAUGCAUGAAUUCAAGGAGAAACAAGCACGGCGAGAAUCUAUGGAUAUACCAUCGAAAAAUAGAAGCAAAACGUCUUUGAAAACCCGAGUUGAGAUCUCAGAGGAAGAAAAGUUUUCAAGAGUUUAUUCGCGACGAAAUUUAUGA